AUGCGGAUCCGGCGUAUGGUUCAGCCCCACAAAACACGCAAGGAACUAAACGUUCCUCCUGCUGUUCGUGAUAAGUGGGAUGAGAGUCCAGAAGCCAAAGACAUGAUGGCUGCUGUUUUGAAGAAGGUGAACUUUGACAAGGCUUCCUUCAUACAGCGAAUCGAAACCAUCAUCAGGCGGGAGAAAACGGUGGAAUUGAUUGUGGACGAGGCCUGGUAUUCAGAGGCCGAAAUGGAGUCAGAACUACAUUGGUCGAAGAACUUGCCUCAGCGUUUCAUGUAUGAUAUGUUCCUUUUUCUGCAACUCACUGGUAGCGAAAAGACCUCUAAGGAGCAGAAUUGCAGGAGCAGUGGCUCUUUGCAUGAAGACUCCUGA